CAAGUAACGAGCCCCCGUCGCUUGGGCUGGUGAUCCGGCGCCAUCGCCGUUAAUCUUCUUAGUCUGUGUCCACCUGGGACCCACUAACGUCUAUUUCAUCCUUCUACCCUCCUUCGACGCCUGUUUGGUCGUCGUUGUCUUCAUACUCUCUCCUUACCAUACCGAUGUUCUAGGACUGGAGGUUGACCAUGGGUAGCAACAUAGAGUCCAAGACCGCCAGAUUGGCCAGUCACACCGUACGCGGCGGUCCCACUCAGCCAACCAUUUCCGAAGAUAAGAAGCCGGCGCCACAAAAAGGAAGCAACAGUCAGAACAUCAUGGCAAUGAUUGCAGAUGACGAUGACCGUCUGCUUGUACGGAUUGGAUACACUCCAGUUCUACAAAGACAUUUCUCACGAUGGUCUACCGUUUCCUAUGCGAUCUCUAUCCUUGGUGUGCUUGGAUCAGUGCCUGCAACAUUCGGCGCACCAAUGAUCUCUGGUGGACCUGCAACAUGUGUUUGGGCAUGGUUCAUUGGCAGUGUGAUGGCAUACUGCAUAGCCAGUUCAGUGGCCGAGCUGGUGUCAGCGUAUCCAACGGCUGGCGGGAUGUACUAUGUAACUAAGCAUGUAGUACCCCCAGAGAACGUCGCAGCGUGGGCUUGGAUCAUUGGGUGGUGUAACUUCCUUGGUCAAGCAGCAGGUGUUGCAAGCCUGGCGUACACAAUCGCGCAAAUGAUCUUGGCUACAGCUGUCAUGCACACCUUCGAUGGAGGAGAGGCAACGUUCACACCGAACGCCCACCAAACCGUUCUUCUAGCAAUCUUCGUUUUGUGCCUAUUUGGCGCAAUUUGCUCUUUCCCCACAGAGUGGCUACAUCGCAUCAUUCUAUGGUUCGCUCCUAUUAACAUCGUUGCAUCAAUCUGCAUCUGCAUCGCGCUUCUCGUUCUCACACCUGACAAGCAGAGCGCAACAUGGGUGUUCACGACGGUCACCGAUGGCUCCGGGUGGGGUAGCAAAGGAUUCUCGUUCUUGCUCGGUUUCCUAUCAGUCGCAUGGACAAUGACCGACUACGACGGCACCACACACAUGUCAGAGGAGACGCACGAUGCCGCUAUUCGCGGCCCAGUUGCCAUUCGUGCAGCCAUACUGGUGUCUGGCAUCACUGGGUGGAUGCUCACCAUCACGUUUUGCUUCUGCAUGUCAGACUACGACAGCAUCAUGGCCACACCAACCGGUCUGCCAGUCGCACAGAUCUUCUUCAACGCUGGUGGUAAGACUGGAGGAACGAUAAUGUGGUUCUUCGUGAUGCUGGUACAGUUCUUCACUGGCUGCAGCGCCAUGCUUGCCAACGCCAGAAUGGCCUGGGCAUUUUCACGCGAUGCUGCAUUCCCCUUCUCUGACUUUUGGUCCAAAGUAAACUCCCGCACCCACACGCCCGUCAACGCCGUCUGGCUCGUCGUUGCCUUCUGCAGCUGUCUCGACCUCAUUGGAAUCGGCUCAACACUUACCAUCACCGCAAUUUUCAACAUUACCGCGCCCGCGCUCGACAUCUCCUACAUCGCCGUCAUCAUCGCGCACCGCUGGUAUGAGGACCGCGUCACUUUCCACCCCGGUCCGUACACCAUGGGCCGAUGGAGUAAGCCUGUCAACCUCGUUGCUGUCACUUGGGUCAUCUUCAUUAGCGUUGUACUAUUCUUCCCGACCACCAAUCCCGUCACGGCUACGAACAUGAACUACGCCAUCUGCGUAGCAGCGUUCAUUGGACUCUUCAGUACCGUAUGGUGGUACGCUGGUGCGAGGAAGAGUUACACCGGCCCGCGCACCAGCGACACAAUUGAAGAGCUUCCGCCAGAGGACAUUGAGGAUAUCCUCAGCGACUACGAUGACAGGUACACGCCGUGAGAGGCGUUUGCAUCGUAUUCCUAUAACACAUGCUCACGCCACUAACGACUUUACGACUUCAAGUUUCCAAGUAGGGCUAGAUGGAAUACUCACCGUUGGUGCACUGGGUGUCCUGGACAGGCAUUGCUUUCUCCGCAUUCGAUUCUCACAGCUCGCUCCGCUUACGGCCUAUGCAAGAUACCCCCAAUACAAGUUUCGAGAUUGACUAUGACAUGCAAGCGCAGUCCGCCACAAAGCUGCACGCUAUGAUUUGCAUGCAGUGUUUCUACAGUAUCAGCCGUGCACCGUACCUUUCCACGCACGCCAGACUCUACUUCCAAUCAGCUC